GGUCAUGCAUGAUUGAGAGUAUUCGUGCUCGUCAAAACUCACCCUGAGUCGCUUUCUGACUGCAGUGUUCGUCGUCGUCGUCGUCUUCUUCUUUCUCUUCUUCCAUAUCUUCUUGCUUUUCCCAAUUCCUUUCCGGGGAUCUACUUCCCUUGUAGUUAAUCCCUAUUCUUUCCUUGGUUUCCCCGUCUCACUGUUCUAAGUGCUGACAGAACCGGCGCCGCUUCUUCAAUGGAAUAUGGGUCCUGAUCAACAUGCUCAAUUGGAUGGCUUCAGUCUUUUCCUUCCCUUCCCUUCGCGAGUGGCGGUGAUUCUACUGGCUGGGUUCUGGGGUUGGGGUGCCAAUUUGCAGUAUCUCUCAAAAGCGAAUAUUGACGUUCCCUCCCUUAUUCGAUAUCCACACCGCCAGUCACCCAGCCAGCAGCCUCACUACGCCUCCGCAUAUCGCUUAGCCACUCUCCUGACCAUCCCUCUUGUGAUCUCCCUCCUCAUCUUCUGGCCCGUCACCCAUGGCUCUCGACAACGCGUUGAGUCAGUGGACUACAUCCCGCAAUCAUACUUCUUUAUCGCAGCGAUCAUCUUAAUUCAACCCUUCAUACGUGUUGCGCGCACGGGGCGAUUCCGCCUGUUCACCACGUUAAGGCGCAUCUGUGUUGGUGGACUGGCGCAACCCCAAGAUGGCAAGUUUGGGGAUAUUCUUUUGGCUGAUGCUUUGACAAGCUACGCCAAAGUCCUAGGAGACCUGGUCGUCUCAUUCUGCAUGUUCUUCACUGGGGAUCUCACCAGCACAUCGAAGCCAAAUCGCAAAUGUGGGAACGAUUACCUGAUCCCCAUCGUUAUAGCCAUUCCUAGUAUGAUCCGACUUCGCCAGUGUCUCAUCGAAUACUUCCGCGUAUGGCGGGGUGGGUAUAAGAACGGGAACACAGGUGCACAGCAUCUGGCCAAUGCCUUGAAAUACGCCACCGCAUUUCCUGUCAUCAUACUUACAGCGAAGUUGAGGAAUUACAACCCUCUAGAGUUCUACGGGUUCAGUGAAACCGGGCUCUCGCGACUUUUGUUUAUCUGCACAUUUAUCAACUCCGCAUAUUCAUUCUACUGGGAUGUCACCAAGGAUUGGGACUUGACUCUUUUGUCGCCCUUGCGUGAUAACCCAGAAUACCCAUUCGGCCUCCGUCGCCAUCGGUUCUUCGCCGUUCGUCAGUACUACCUUGCCAUUAGCAUUGACCUAGCCAUCCGGUUCUCGUGGCUAUCGAGAUAUAUGUCAGGUUUCGUCUGGCUAAGUGACACGGAAUUCGGAAUUUUUGUCCUCAUGUUCCUUGAGGUCACACGCCGAUGGAUGUGGAUCUUCCUACGAAUAGAGACCGAGUGGAUCAGGAACAACCGUGGUCCAGCCCCAGACGACAUUUUGCUUGGCGAAUUCAGCGGCAAGCUGGAUGCGGACUGAUUCACAGAGCGUACGUGCAUUUUAGAUCGUGCUCCGUCC